UGCACAUUUAACGAUGGUUGGGAUCCAUUAUGGUACAGAAAGAAGAAGAACAUUCACAAUCAUCUUCAAUGGAUAAGAGUUUUCUCUAGCCGAAAGCUAGCUCUUUUGUCAAUAGGAGGUUGAUAAAAGUACUUUUCUUUUUGAAAUUGCCAAGCGAGAAAGUCGCUUUAUUGGCAUCAUUAUCACGACGACACAACCUGCAACCUGACGGUGAGAGGAGAUGCCAGCAGCAGAGGAAUCUCAGGGUGUAAACAAAGUUGUGGACAGCAUUUGUAAACUUUCUUCAGAUCUGUUGGCUGAAGCAUGUCGCCAUAUUCUGUUUUACCUUCAAGGGCAAACUAGAGGAGUAGACUCAGCUGAAAUUUCUGAUGGAUUUCAGAGAGCUGGAGUCAGAUGUGAUCAUGAAGCUCUGCAGAACAUUAUCAGAUUCCUCUUGUUAACAUUCAGGUCAGCUGGGAAGAGUAACCUCUCUGGGGACAACCUUGUGUCAAAGCUUGAAGAAGGCAGCAAUAAGUGGCCCAAAGCUUCCCUUCAGGUGCUGCACAGGUUGUGGAGUGAACAUGGUGCAUCGGUCCAUGCUCAGCAGGAGGUCCAGGCAGCGCUCAGCAUCGGUCAGUUAGUGGACAUGCAGUGGAAGCUUGGCAUGUCAGUGAGCUCCGACACCUGCCGAUCUCUCAACUCCCCAUAUGUGACUCCUGUUAAAAUCGUUGAACCCUCUGGACAGAUCUGUCAGAAGUCUUUUGAGAUGACAAUUCUACAGUUCCAGAACUUCCACAAGCAGUUCAAGGAGAUGGCAGCUGUUAUGGAGACUGUGUGAUGGAUGCAAGCACACAUCGGAGCUAAGGAACUUGUCGAAAUGACACCCCAGUUUACAUGUAACGAUUGGUAGAACAGCUUGGCACAGGUGUGUGUCUUCUGUCUCAAAUUGUGGAUAAAUAUUAGGACAAAUGUCUGCUUAGCACUUUAAUCUUUUUCGUACAUUGCUUAAGCUCCUGCAUUAUUUAUCAUGAGGACGUCCAGCUGUUUGAAAUUGUUUCAAAAAUGCUGUCCUCACUUUUUAACUCCAAGAAGCAAGUUUACUUUUUCCCAUGAACUAGUGUAUAAUGACAAUACAUGUCAAUCAGUAAUACUACAUAUACUGUCAUAGGAUUUUGUUUGUUCUGUUCAAGAUUGGUGCUGUUGAUCUGUAUUGCGUUAUUCAGAGAGAUGCAAUACAAUUUAACAGCACCAGAAACUAUAUCCUCCAAAUCGACCAAAUAGUUACAUCAACACCGCUCUAAAACAGAAGAAGAAAAUAUGUACCACAUAAUCUCUAUGAAGGUAGGGUGCCUUUGCAGGAUUGUUGUAUUAAUAUAAGCGUUCUCUUUGUAUACAGUAUGUGUAAAUUAUGAAAACUUACUUUUGUGUUGCAUUUCCUGGUAAUGCUGAAACGGCUACUGUGUGUAACUGUGGAAGCUUUUGCUUUUUUUGUUCUGUGGUUAGUCUUCUCUUGUAUGUCAUGCAACAAUGAUGAACAAAACUAUUAAAUAUAAACCUUCA